GGCCUGGGAUAUCCUGGAUUUUGAUUAUUGAGGGAGUUUUCUGAAGAACAAUGGCCAUGUGGUCCUGGUGGAAUCUGCUUCUCUGUGAAGCACUCCUUCCCAUUGUGGUUACCAGUACCCAACUGCUGAGCAAGGUGGGGGACUCGGUGCUGCUGGUGGCUGAGUGUCCUCCUGGUUUUCAAGUCCGUGAGGCUAUCUGGCGAUCUCUCUGGCCAUCAGAGGAGCUCCUGGCCACAUUUUUCCGGGGUUCCUUGGAGACACUGUACCACUCCCGCUUCCUGGGCCGAGUCCAGAUACACAGCAACUUCAGUCUGGAGCUUGGGCCCCUGGAAACUGGAGACAGCGGCAACUUCUCUGUUCUGAUGGUGGACACAGGGGGUCAACCCUGGACCCAAACCCUGCAGCUCAAGGUAUAUGAUGCCGUACCCAAGCCCACAGUUCAAGUAUUCACUGCUGCUUCGGGGAAUGCUCAAGCCCCUAAUACCUGCCAGGUGUUCUUGUCCUGCUGGACCCCUAACAACAGUGACAUAACUUAUAGCUGGCGACGGGAGGGGACAAUGGACUUUGAUGUGGACCUACACAGCCUCUUAACAGACAAACAGGUGCUAAGCAUCUCACUGGGACUGGGAGACGAGGAUGUGGCCUAUUCAUGCAUCGCCUCCAACCCUGUCAGCUGGGAUAUAGCCACAGUCAUCCCCUGGGAGAGCUGUCAUCAUGAGGCAGCUCCAGGGAUGGCCUCCUACAAGGACGUGCUGCUGGUGGCAGUGCCAGUCUCACUGCUCCUGAUCCUGGCUGGUCUCUUUGGGGCAUGGCACUAUGGUCCCUGCUCAGGGAAAAGGAAGGAUGCUUGCACUGACAGCAUGGCUACAGAAACAGAGAACCCCCUGGUGUAAAGCAUGUUAUGAAGGGCAACAUACGCCGGUGUUUGGAUCAUAAUAAGACGCCCUGCCCAGCCACAUGAUACUCUGGGAAAUGCUGGUGACUAGAAACCUCCAGAGUCCUCAGACCUCCCACAAGUCUCCUGUCCUACCUCUAGAGAACAGCCAAGAAAGCUAUCACUCUGGCCCAAACGUCUACCUUCCUCCCAUCUUUUCUACACAUCCUGACUCUUCUCUAAGCAAGGUGGACAAAAAGGAUGCUCCCCCAAGAACACUGGAAGUUCUCCAGGACUCACAAGGACUUUCAUUAUCCAUAGCAUAUACUAUUCCGAAAACUUUACAUAAGGUAUUGCCCAAAUCUCACCAAAGAACUGCUCCUCCCAGGUCAGGUCCUUGGCUCUAAGAAACAUCAGAGAAUUAACAGGAAACCUCUGUCACCCACAGCCUGCUCCAGCCCUAGCCUCUGGAAUCUGGGAUUCUGAUGUCUAAGAUGUUAUAAGACAAGGACUAAAAUAGAGGAAGAUGGAGAAUAGGGAUUUCUCUUUCUGACCUGAAGGACUUUCAAAUCCACUGAGUUCAUGGCCUCUUAAAGGUAUAUUGCAGUCAUAUAUGACCAAGCAUAGUUGACAUGCUAAGGUUGGGAUGGAAGUCAUUUUCUGAUACCUAAUAGCACCGUACUGGCACCCUACUAAUAGAUAUCUUCAUUUCCUUUGCCUAUCAUGCAUCCUACAUGAUCUGGGGGUGGUGUUUGAGGUUCUUUCCUUAAAUUAUAGCACAGUAACCAGAAAAAAAGAGAGAGUGAAUUUGGCCCAACGAACAGGAAAUUCUUGCACAAUUGCAAGAAAAGCAGCUAAGUGCAGGAUAAGAUUUUAUUCCUGAAAUUUGGAGCGUGAAGAGCCAUGAAAAACUACAUGGAAGGAAAAUUAUGGAGGGAAGGUGCUGAGACAUUUUAGAAUCUGCCACAUUCCUUUGAGAUGCAAAUGUAAAAGAUCCGCUUAAGUUCAAGGGGAGAGACAAAGUCCUUAUCAUUCAAUUGAAGAAUUGUCGAGGUUGCUUUGACAUAUUUUCCAUAGAAGAUGUUGUGAUGGCCAUCUUUGGAAAAUAUAUCCUGUUACCGAGUGAUGCGAUCUAGAAAACUUCUGGGCUAUUUAUUGCCACUGGGAGAAACAGAAAACCCGAUGAGUUAAAUUUACCCUCAGGAAGCAGUAACUACAAAGGUUCAUGCUUACUCCCACCAAACGUGAUUAAAAAAGAAGAAAGAGGCAUUGAAGGAACAGGGUUGGGUUUUGAAUAUGUGUCCUGGGAGGCUUCAGUCUCUCCACCCAGAAAGCCAAUCCUGCUCUGGAACCUUCCCUCUCCUCCCCAGUGCCAGGGCAGUCACUUCACCUGGGACAAAUAAUGGGCACAAUCUGCUGGCUUGUGGAUUCACAUCAUCGCUCCUCCUCUCCACUUCUCCUAGAUUCCCCUUCCUGGCUCUGCUUAGAGGUCCCCUGGCUUUACAGAAUUCUCUUCUCUUUCCUGCACCCACUUUCUGUUACCUCCUCCACAACAUCUGGCAACAGAGUACACAUGCCCACUUAACCUGGCAGCUUGUGCUGCCCCCACUUCCCCCCUAUAGGCAUUCCUCAUGCCUGGUCACCAAAUCAUGCAAAACCAGCCCAAGAAAAAGAAAGCCCAAGGUCUAGCAAUGAACCAUGGUGGUUCUGGGCCAAUAAAAGCAUACACCAUUCCCCACUUUUCCUCCCUUCAUCCUCUCAGCCUCUCCUCAGACCAGAGCAUUUCUGAAUGGGGUGAGGCCUACAAAUCUCCUCUUGAUGAGAUGACUCAGCGACCUUGUACAGACAAGGUCUGUGAGUUGUAGUGAGUUGUACCAAGAUCUCUUUGAACAGGCCCAUGUUGCUUAAGUAAACUACUGUUCCCAUCCCUAGUGACUCACUUGUCUACUAGUAGACUAUUAUCCUUCCCUUGGAAAACACAACAUGCUUCUGUGACACCAGUCUUGAUUCUAAGAAGCAUUGAAAAAGAUGCUUUAAAAGUUAGACCAUCCAAGAUAAGGGCUAAGGGCUCAGCAUAUGCUGGGUAUGCUUUGAGGCACUGGGAAAUCAGUUGUGAAUGAAGCAAAGCCUUUACCUUCAUGAAGUUUGUGUUCAAGGUCAUAUGAAUAAAUGGAUAAAUAUGUCA